UUUCGCUUUGUAGAUCGGUGUCGAAUAUGCGUAGUGCGAUUAUGCACAAUGUGUUCGAUUUACGUUCUGCACCUAGACUAAACGCUAAUACGUGGUGUUUGAUACUGUCAAAUUCAAUCGAUAUGAUGUGUUUAUAGAAUGAAUCGUUAGAGUAGUUACUAACCUCUGAACGUAACGAGGAGCUUAAUGUAGUAUGAACUUUAUGUUUAAACUUACUUAUUUGUUCGUACAUGGUACAAAAGACGUGCAUUUAUAUUCGGAAUGUGCCUCUUGGGGUUGACACUGAGCACUAUGGUAGUUUAGGACCAACUUACAGGUUUACUUUUCAAAAGAGGUCGGGGUACAUUUCAGAAUCAGGAAAAAUCAUUCCCUGCCAAAGCUGCUGAUACUGUGACUUCUUGCAUUCAGACAGAAGUGGCCGAGAUGUGUACAAAAGAGUUCCUUCACAGGCGAUUUCCAAUCACCACAUGGCUCCCACAGUAUAAUUUCUCUGCUUUCAUUCAGGACAUGUUGGCAGGCUUGACUGUUGCACUUACAUUAAUUCCACAGUCAAUGGCUUAUGCUGAAGUUGCAGGUCUGCAGCCACAGUAUGGUCUGUAUUCAUCAUUUAUGAGUUGCUUCGUGUAUAUUUUACUGGGCAGCUGCAAGGAUAUUACCAUUGGUCCAACAGCCAUUAUGGGUAUCAUGACGAAUCCUUUUGUUGUUCAAAAUGAUAAUCCCGACUUUGCAGUACUCUUGUGUUUCCUCAUGGGGUGUGUUAUAGUUUUGGUGGGAUUAUUAAGACUUGGUUUUCUGGUGGAGUUCAUAUCAUUUCCAGUCACAGCUGGGUUUAUAUCAGCUGCUUCCAUCACCAUUGGUUCUUCUCAGCUCAAAAGCCUGCUGGGAAUUAAGGGGAGCGGUAAUGAUUUCCUGGAUUCAUGGGAAAACCUGUUUAAGAACAUACAGGAUACCAGACCUGGUGAUGUGACAUUGGGUGUCUGCACUAUAAUUCUUCUUCUGAUUGGACGGAAAAUGAAGGACUUUACUGGAGGUCGUCGGAGCUCUUCCGCGGUACGCAGAUUCUUGGGAAACACUAUAUGGAUAAUUUCAAUAUCUCGGAAUUCUAUUGUUGUUAUCAUUAGUAUGAUUCUGGCCUAUGUUCUUCAAACCAAAGGUUACGAACCAUUCAAGUUAACAGGUGAGGUUGCAGAUGGAUUGCCACCAUUUGGACCUCCUCCAUUCAGCACAGUUUCACACAAUGAAACUCUGAACUUCGAGGAUAUGGCACGCAUAUAUGGCACGUCCCUAUUGAGUGUUCCUUUCAUCUCAAUCCUGGAGACUAUUGCCAUAGCCAAGUCUUUCUCUAAAGGUAAAGCAGUGGAUGCCUCUCAGGAAAUGUUUGCGCUGGGCUUAUCUAACAUCUUGGGCUCAUUUGUGCGGUCUUUCCCAACUGCCGGAUCAUUCUCUCGCACAGCUGUGAACAAUGCAUCAGGUGUCAAAACUCCUCUUGGUGGUCUCAUGACUGGUGUAAUGGUGUUGAUGGCACUGGGUCUUCUGACAUCCACAUUUGCCUACAUUCCCAAAGCAACACUUGCGGGCGUUAUCAUCAGUGCUGUUGUCUUCAUGGUGGAGUACGAAAUGAUCCCAUUACUUUGGCGGACAAAAAAGGCAGACCUUAUUCCGAUGUUAGUUACAUUUGUGGCAUGCUUGGGACUUGGACUUGACUAUGGUAUGCUUAUUGGUAUUGGUGUCAAUCUGGUGUUCAUACUGUACAGUUCAGCCCGCCCAAAGGUCCAGGUCCGCAAUCUUACUAUUGAAACACAGGAGGUGCUGUUGCUGACCCCACAACAGGGUAUUGUGUUCCCUGCAGCAGAGUAUAUCCGCGAUACAGUGUUCAGAUACUGCCUUGCCACAGAAAGCAAUGUAAUAGUUGUUGUUGACGGAGCAAAUGUGCAUCAUAUAGAUUCUACAGUUGCGAAGAACAUGACAUUACUUGUGGAGGACCUGAAUAUCAGGAAGCAGAAGAUUGUAUUCUGGAACUGGAAGCAUAGUGCAGAAGUCGUGUGUCGGGGUAUAGAUGCUGAAAUAUCAAAAUACUUCAGUCAUGAAGACAAUCUGGAGUGUUUGCUGCAAGAAAUGAAUACUGAAAAUGACUGCAAUGGCACAGUGGACAGCACAAAUGGAACACACAACACAUCCCUAAACACUGAACCAAAUGUAUGAUACAGCACAAGACCUUAUUGAGAUGUGUGAUAUAGACUGAAGCUCUUCAGAAAUCAGGGUAAAA